AUGUCGUCCUCGGGCUCGUCCUUUACUUCCUCGUCGCUCGGUCGCCCGCCAACAUACGGACGAACAUACGUCAGUCCGGUUGAUUCAACCUGGACUCCCACCUCCGGCAUAUCAACCAUUUCUGCUCCGACCACCGAGGGGUCGGGAACUGGGACCUCGGUACUCGAUUUGGGACCCCCGGGUUUCCAGGCAACAAUAAUCCUUUUUCAAGAUACUCCUGACGAACGAGUCGUUUACUUGGGGCCUUGGGAAGUGGUGGGCUCUGAGCAGCGCCGUGUUCUGUGGCAGGGUAGCUACCAGAACGAAUUGCUCGAACACUUCUUGCCCUCCGACACACCCUCCGACAUAUAUCCUCAUACCCUCCACUCGCGCCAUCGCCCGUACUAUGACCCUUCGGACAUGGAAAGAUAUCUCACGUUUCAGGAACCUCACCGGAUUCGGUACACAACGGACGAGGGUGUUUGUAUACAUGACCAGUACGUCACGAUCAGAUACGAGUUCACGACAGUCGAGAGCUCUAUUCAAUUUCAGGGAGAUUUGCGCAGAAAGGACCUAGUUGAUUUCUAUGACGUCGACGUCGUUUGGACAAACGUCCAUGGUCGCACAGAUGGCUUCGGCAAGGUGAAGGGGAUCGGUGCGAUCCAGAGACUCAAGCUGUGGAGGGAUCGAUAUACGACUUUCCACUCCCUCAGCGUGUGUGCGAAUAAGACGGAUGGCCAAUACCGAGAGUAUGAUAUUCACUCGUUCGACGGGGAACUGCGCGGGAGGGACGACCGCGCAAAACAGCUUCGACUCAAUGCGUCUGGCAGGCGGCAGACUUCGGGCGACGACCAGCACUCACACCGACGCUUUUCACUGCCGCAUCGUAUGCGAUCUCGAACCAGAACGAAUGACUCCUCCGAGCCAAGAUCAUUGCAGCAGCCGACUCUCGACAUACGAUAUCUGGCCAUCCAGUUCACUGAGCGUCAAGCAUACCGACGAUUUAUCGAGACCUGGCUUUAUUGCCACAGUUCGGACCGCGAAUUCAACGGCAUCCCAUUUCCACCAAACCACUUCGAAUUGCCCUCGCCGCAGAUUUUGCCGGGACAUUCUCCCGAUUUGCCGGUGUCAGGAUGGCCGAACCACAUGCUCGAAUCGGUGCCAGAGCCCUCGGAUGCGGCCGAAGCUACGCCUUGA